AUGGUUGUUGGACUUAUUGUCGUUUGGCUUCUUGCUGCAAUACUCACCAUUCUUGUCAUACGACUGCCGACAAAUAGUAACAGUCCAUCCCAAUCACAGAAUGCUGUUGCCAUGCAAAUUCAAUCAAAUGAACACAUAGCUCAACUUCAACGUGAUCAUGAACAACGUCUUCUGAAACAACAACAAUCGAUGCAAUCGAAUUUCACAUUAGAAUUAACAAAAAGAGCAGAGAACUUUAAUGAAAAACAACGAGAAGAAGAUCGUGAUUGGAAUCAAUUCAAUACUGAAUUGAAUCGAAAUCUCACUGCAACACAUCAUAAAAAAGAGUUCGAAUUUCGUGAGACAGUGGAACUCGCUGCCCAACGAGAUAUGGCUCAAGAAAGACAACAACAUGAAUGGAAAUUGGAACAAUAUCGUUCGCAACAAAUCAACGAACAUCACCGGCAAGAACAAUUUCGUCAGGAUGAACAUGAUCUUGAUAAAUUUCUCGAUGCAUACAAUUUAACUAGUGUAUCUAUACCACUGCUUCAACGAAAAGUGUUGAGUUUACUUCGUCGAUUAGAUAUUCCACACAAAACUCUUCUCAUUCAAAUUCUCAACGAUGCAAAUCUUCUUCGAGAUAACAAUGCUGAUCUUCCAGGACGACAUAUUAGUUUAGUACGAGCCAACUUGAAUGGAAUUCAACUGGGAAGCAAAGAUGAAAUUUUUUGUCCCAGUCAGUAUUUUGAUCAACUUGAUCUUAACUAUGCCACACUAAUUGGUGCGUCUUUUGAUUGUCUGUCACUUCGUAAUACAUCUUUCAGAUCGGUCAAUCUGACUUAUGCUUCCCUCACUCGUUCCGAUCUACGUGAUAGCAGAUUCGCAGGCGCUAAACUUCACAAUGCCAGUUUUCAAGAAGCCCAAUUGGACAGAGGCAUCUUCAACCUUGGCUCACUUCUUGGUGCCAAUUUUCGACAAACUUCACUUACUAAUGCGAGCCUAUCCCUCGCUGACGCUAUUGAGACUGACUUUAGUGAAGCCAACCUCGAUGCCGCUGUCUUCUUCGAUAGCCAAUUGAAUAGAGCCAAUUUCGAGCGUGCCAAUCUUCGUAAAGCGAACUUGGAAAGUGCAACAUUGGUACAUGCUAACUUUUAUCAAGCUAAAGGUGCUGAGAAUAGCUUUCGGUUCACCAAUAUAACGGAUGCUAUCUUUCGACAGGCAAACGUUAUUCAGUCCGAUUUUUACGGAGCCGAAGGCAAUCGAACUGAUUUCUCAAAGGCCAUUCUUGAUAACAGUGAAUUUGUCAAUUUCAAAGUAGAAGAAGCUAUUUUCGAAGAUGCCAGUAUGUCUAGAGUCAGUAUGCAAAUGGCUCAGUUAGUUAGGAGUAACUUUCGUGGUGCUUUACUCGACCAAUCGACGCUGUCUUUUGCAACAUUCAACGAGAGCAAUUUCUCUAAUGCAAGUCUAGAUGAUAGCAUCCUUGCUGCUGUUCAUGUUUAUAACAGUACCUUUGAAAAUGCUAGCAUGAACAGAGUCCAACUAGCCUCUGGCAAACUCAUCAAUUGCAACUUUCGUCGCGCCUCAUUUAUCGAAGCUAGUUUCGCUAUGGCUGACUUGACCGAAUCCGACUUUUCUGAAAGUAAUCUCAAUGAAUCAAUAUUUCUCUUAGAAAGUCAACUCAAUCAAGUCUUCUCCAUAUCUAAGGCCGUUUUACCGGAUGGAUCGAUCGGCAAGAAUAAAAAUCUCAUUCGAAACGGCAAUCCAACAUGUGAUGAAUCAAUGACAAUGAAUAUUUCCCAAUGGACAGUACCUGUUCAAGGAUCAAUUAUUAUUGUGCCGCAAGUUCAUGAUGGUAAUUGUGUCUUUGAAGCGACAACAUCGAAUAUCACUCACCUGAUUCAAUCAGUCGAUGUCAGUCAUUAUGUGAAACGAAUGAUGAAUGCCGAUUUGACAUAUGUCUUGCUCGAAGCUGAUAUCAUUACGAAUAAUAUCAAUAUUAAUCUUCGUUUCUUCAAUUCAACCAACAAUCUCAUUCGCGAAGUGGCUGAUCUAUUCAACGUCACGAUAAAUUCGUCGAUACCUAAUAAUUAUAAUGCUCGACAUCAAAUCAUAGACCAGACAACUGUUCGUGUUGAAAUUGACAUUAUCUUUUCUCAAGUUAAGGCCGCUAUCAACAAUAUUCAUCUAUCAGUAGAGGUCUAA